AUGAUCUAUGAAGGCAAAUAAUCCAUCUUCAGUCAUUAAGAUUAGUAUGCUUUGAUUAGACUAGUGAAUUCAGAAGAUGAUGGAACCACUAAGAAACAUGAAGAAGGUAAAACAUCUUUCACAUUAAAAUUGGCUAAAUAAUUAUCAACUUCUGGAAUAGGUGAUUAUUUGGAUAGCAUAAAUGUUUUUUUAAGUUUUCUACUCCCAGUGAUUCAUUUAAUAGAUUGUUACACAUGGGAAUAGGGUGGAACUUAAGAUGUAGGAGAAGCUUAGGCAUAUAUUACAGUAAAUUCAAAAAAAUAAUAAGUUCUUAGAUUCCUGAAUUAAUAUGUUACAUUUAUUUUCUUCUUGAUUUUGCAAUUAACUUUUACCUUUCUGAAAAUAAAUUGUUCUUUACUUUCCAAACUACAUCAUUAGUUGAAUAUGUUUCAAUAUUCCCGUCUUUACUAGCAAGAUUGAAUAUAAUCACAGGUUACAAGUAUAUUUACUUGUUAAGAGUACUACGAUUUUUAUUGUGCUAUAAAUUAGAUAAGGUUUUAUAGCGUUAAUCAAUGGAAGGUAGUUGAUAGAUUUGAUUUAGAGUAUUUAGGCUAGCUUAUAAACCAAUAGUAACAGUGAUGGCUAUAAUUAUUAUCAAUUCGUCAAUACUAUAUGUAGUAGAACAAGAUUAUUCAAUAGUAGAAUACAUUUAUUUUAUGGUUGUCACUAUCUCAACAGUUGGUUUUGGUGAUGUAUAUCCUACAACAAUAUAUGGAAGAUUUUCUAUUAUUAUAGCAAUUCUAAUUAUGUUUUUAGUAUUACCAACAUAAGUAGAAAUGCUUACUCGUGUUUACAGUUUAAGAAGUUAAUUUGCAAGAAACAAAUAUAUUACCAAAACAGAAUAAGAACAUAUUUUAUUACUUGGAUCCUCUUAAGUUGAAGGAUUUAAGACUUUUUUGAAUGAACUUUAUCAUAGUGAUCAUGGUUUGAAUGACAUUAAUACUGUCAUUUUGUAAAAUUAAGCUCCAACUGAAGAAAUGACUAUUUAACUUAAACAACCUGCUUUGUCUUAAAGAGUGAUAUAUUUAGAAGGGCAUCCAUUAUAAAAUAAAGAUUUGGAAAGAUGUAGUUCCAAAGAUUGUAAUUGUGUAAUAGUAUUGGCAAAUAAGACAAGUCAUACUCCAAAGAGAGAUGAUUAUCGAAAUAUUAUUCAUGCAUUUGCUGUUAAAUAAUAUGCAAAAAAAUAGAAGUCUCGAAAAGGUGCUAGAGUGUGUUUAUAAGUCUUAUAACCAUAGAGCAAAGAUUUAUAUUUUAAUUCUUUAGGUGGCCAUGAAACAGACUAAGUAAUAUGUGUAGAUGAACUUAAAUUAUAUCUUUUAGGUAAAACAUGUCUAUGUCCUGGAAUCAAUACUUUAAUUUCUUUUUUAAUUCAAUCAUCAAAGCCUUCUUAUGAUAUUACAAAGUAUGACAAAAAUAAAUCUGAAUGGAUUGAUGAUUAUUUAUGUGGAAUGCAAAAUGAAAUUUAUAGAGUACCUUUAGAAUCUGAAGCAUUUGUAGGUUUGACUUUUAGUUAAGUAAUAAUUAUAUUAAUAUUCUUUAGAUUUCAUAAGCUAUUUACAAAGAAUUAAAUAUCAUUUUAUUUGCUUUAGAAGUUGAAUUAGAAUCAGGAACAAAUGUAUUUGUCAAUCCAGCUGAUUAUUUAUUUGAAGAUUAUUUGCAUUAUGGAUAUGUUAUAGCUACAGAAAUGCCAAGCAUAGAAUAGAUUCAAUAGACUAAAUUUCCUGAUUAUAUUUAAAAGAAUUAUUGUUUCCCUAAUGUACAAAGAUAAACAAAUAAUAAAAAUGCACUUCAGUAAGAGACAGAAUAUUUAAAAGAAAUAUUGAGUGAAGGUAUUAAAGACGAUAGUUAGAAACAUACUUCUUAUUAUUAAGUCAAGCCAUAGACUAUUACAACUGGACUUCCAAAAGUAGGAGAUUAAGAAAAAUUUGAAAAUCAUUUUAUUGUAUGUGGUGUUGUCACAGAUAUGAAAUAUUUGAUGAUGCCUUUAAGAGCUAGAUCACUUAAGAAUAUACAACCUAUAAUAAUUUUAAAUUAAGAUUUGAUACCAACAGAAAUCUAAUUAUAAAUUAAUAAAUUUCCUAAAGUAUAUUUUUUAUAAGGAUCUCCUUUAAAUACAGAAGAUCUUAAAAAAGCUUGUAUUUAAAAAGCAUCAGCCUUAGUGAUAUUAUAAAAAUAAGUUGAUUAAGAAGAGGGAAUUUCAAAUAUAGUUGAUGCUGACACAAUAUUUAUUUAUAAAACUGUUAAACUUUUAAAUUAGAAUAUCAAUAUAAUCACUGAAUUAGCUUCAAUUUCCACAAUAUCAUUUUUAUAGAUAUCAAGAAAUAAUUAUGUUCAAAAAUAUGAUUGGUCUGUUAGUGAGCCAUUUGCUUCUGGAGAAAUUUAUAUUUCUACAAUGCUUGAUACUCUAAUCUGUUAAGCCUAUUAUAAUCCAUUUAUUACAAGCAUUUUUGAUUAGAUGAUUUUAGGAAGUGCCUCUAUGAAUAAGAAAGUAUAUAUAAUUUAUUUAUAUUUCUUAGAAUAAAAAGCUAUAUCAAACAUGUAAAUUAUAACAAAGUAAUCUAUUUUUGAUAAAUGUACCACCUAAAUAUCAAGAGAAAACUUUUGGAGAACUUUUUGAGAUUCUUUUGACAGAAUAAAAAAUGAUUCCUAUUGGAUUAUAUAGAGGAGAGAAAGUUAAAAAUAACAAUAAACCAUAUGUAUUUCUAAAACCUCCAAUGGAUGUUGUACUUUAAAACAAAGAUAGAGUUUAUGUUUUAAGUGCAAAACAACCUAAAGAAAUAGAAACUAUUAUUGAUAAUGAACCUAAUUAAGGAUAAGAUAAUACAGCUUAAUAUUUUAAUAUAAAAUCCAAAUUGUAAGGAGAAGAGGGAAGAGUAGACAUUGAAUUUUCGAGAGAAUUAAUGAGAUUUAAUGAUAGAAUGAAAAAAUUAAAUAAACAAUUAAAUAACAUUAAUUAAAAAUUGUUCAAUUAAGGUUUGAUUCAUGAGGGUAAAUAUAUAACAUUAUAUAUCAUAGAUUUCAUUUCAAAUGUUCGAUCAAUAUUAAAAAAAGAAUUAGCCAAUCUUAACCCAGGAGUAUGA